UCGAACUGUAUCAAGUAGUUAAAAUGGGCGUCUGUUCAAUUCUCAGAUUUAUUUUACUAAUCACUCGGAUUCAAUUUAUCCACGGACAAGACGGUAGAUGCUUCGGACCAUUAAUAUGUUGCAGAGGAUUUGAAUACGACCAGGAAAGAAAUAUUUGCUCUCCCUGUGAGUAUCCGAUGUUCGGUUCAGAAUGCAAAGGGAUUUGCAAUUGUUCUAUGGAAAACUGCAACAGAUUUCACGGUUGUUUUCUCAACGAAAACAUAACGGUUUCAACAGUUGUAAGUACAACUAACAUAGAUGACAGCAGUGUUCAAGAUUUGACAUCAAAAUCAUCGAAUGCAAUGACUACGAUCACAAGAAAGCAAACUCAUGGUAAGCAGGUGUGAAGGUAUUACAGAACAAAUGACGUAGGGAACAUUUAAAAAAAAGAAUCAUAAGAUAUUCUUUCCACAUAAGCAAAAUUGCUUAAUUAAAUUACA